UUUCUUCACUCUCACACUGUAUUAUCCAAUAAUCGUUAUCAGAAGCAGAAAGAAGAAGAGGCUUCAGCAACAUGGCAGCUAUGGCUGCUCUUCAGAGCUCCAUGACCUCUCUCUCACUCUCCUCUAACUCUUUCUUCGGCCAGCAACUCUCUCCCUUCACUCUCUGCCCUUUUCUUCCGGGUAAGUUAGCAGAGAAGCAAUGUCUUAUUGUAAUGAAGGUUAGGCAUUGGGAGCGAAAGAAAUGUAAACCGAACAGCCUUCCUGUCUUGCACAAAAUGCAUGUCAAAGUUGGAGAUACAGUGAAAGUGAUAUCUGGACAUGAAAAGGGUAAAAUUGGGGAGAUUACUGAGCUCUUCAAGCAUAACAGCACUGUCAUAGUGAAAGAUAUAAAUUUGAAGACAAAGCAUGUGAAGAGUAGAGAAGAGGGUGAACCAGGCCAAAUUAUUAAGAUUGAAGGUCCAAUCCACAGCUCAAAUGUGAUGCUCUACUCCAAGGAUCAGAAUGUAGCGAGCCGUGUGGGUCAUAAAAUCCUUGAAAAUGGUAAAAAGGUCCGCUACCUUAUAAAAACUGGAGAGGUAAUUGAUACUGAAGAGAAUUGGAAGAAACUGAAGGAAAAUACUAAGAAAACUGAAGAAGUUGCUGCUGCUGCUUAGUUUUACUGGUUCACUGCAUGCAUUCACUAUUAAUGUAACUCUAGGUGUACUUAUGUUAUGAUCUCUUUUCCUGUUUACUAUGUAGUGUAUACUUUUAUUCUGAUACAAAACCUGAGUGAUUAUUUUUUUUUUAUUUUUCUGUUGGUUUUUGA